UCCCUGCUUGUCAGAACCAUGGUCAGAACGCUGAGAGGCAGUGAACGGCAGAGGUCUAACGUUAGCUCAGCUACUCAUUACGAUAGAGACACAUUCAACUGUGAGGACGUUUUGCUGUGAACAUUUCUGGAAGCAAAUGUUAACUUUCGGAUAGUACCGCUUGCUAGACUGUCUAGCGUUUCGGAGGCUAGCUUUCAGCGUACUUACUGGCGUUCUGCGGUGGAAAUAGCAAAAAUGUCGUCUCCAAGUCCGGGUAAAAGGCGAAUGGAUACCGAUGUGGUGAAACUCAUCGAGAGCAAGCAUGAAGUCACCAUCCUCAGUGGACUCAAUGAAUUUGUAGUGAAGUUUUUUGGACCACAAGGAACGCCGUACGAGGGUGGCGUGUGGAAAGUUCGAGUAGAUCUUCCUGAUAAAUACCCAUUCAAAUCACCAUCAAUAGGAUUCAUGAACAAGAUUUUUCAUCCCAACAUUGAUGAAGCGUCAGGGACAGUGUGCUUAGAUGUCAUCAACCAAACAUGGACAGCCCUUUAUGAUCUGACCAACAUCUUUGAGUCAUUUCUGCCCCAACUGCUGGCUUACCCAAACCCCAUUGAUCCCCUGAAUGGAGAUGCAGCUGCCAUGUACCUUCAUCGGCCAGAAGAGUACAAGCAGAAAAUCAAAGAGUACAUCCAGAAAUAUGCAACAGAGGAGGCUCUGAAGGAGCAGGAAGACGGGGCCGGCGACUCUUCAUCUGAAAGCUCCAUGUCUGAUUUCUCAGAAGACGAAGCCCAGGACAUGGAGUUGUAGUAAUAGGAGGGCUCCCCCAUCCCGCCCCCCUCCUUUAACCCCCCACAGAGACUAUAUUUGAUUUCCUAACCAUGAAAAAAGCAGACUUAUAAUAUUCAUAUUUAAACAAGUUGAUUUUUUUAUUAUUAUUACUACUAAACAAGGAUUUUUAUGGAUAUCUAGCCUUUGGUGUGUUUGACAGACACCCCUCCCAUUCUGUAGCUGUUUCUCCCUGCACAGAUUUGUCGCGAUUGCGUUCACGUUCUCUGCCUGUCAUCUCCGCAUUUGUCAGGUGCUUCAUGUAGGAACUUUCCCUGUGAACAUCGGAUUUCUCUACUCAAAUUUCACGUCAUAAAAGUAUAACUUUCCGGUUUGACCUGAGUCAUAGUUUCCUUUCUUUUUCCACAAUGCUAACUGAUUCUGACCCCUUGUUAGUCGCUCCACUGCAGAGCUGCUUAGGUCCUGCUUGCCUUGGUGAACACCACCACAGUGUAUCCUGUAGUCAAGACAGUAUUCUUAAAGCGCACAAUCACACACAAGGUGUCUGAGCACACCUUAAGCAAGGUGUAGUGCCUACUGACGCACGUAAAUCCACCUCAAAUACUUCCUGAGCAUAUCUUUUUCAACAUAUUGACCGAGACAAUCAAAAUAUGUCUCUUUAUCUCAUUCAGUUUGGCUGUUACAUUCGUUUUUAGUUACUCUUUGUUGACCUGCUGCAGCAGCCUGCGUACUGAAAAAUACAUGCUUAACAAGGUCAGGUCUUGGAAAACAAUUUUAAUGCAUGUCUCCUUGUAAGGGUGAGUGGCAAUGUGAUGACAAAGACACUAUUGGGGUGCUUUGGGUGUUUGGAUUUGUGGGGUAUGCGCUAACAGCACAAACUGUAUGUGUAGAAUUAGGCAGUGAAGACGGAAGUGGCUCUACUGUGAGGUUUUAGUGAACAUUCUGGUCAGACUCAGUUGGUAUUAUGGGAACUGAAAAUAGACCAGAGCUACCCUUUAACCAUCUGACCAUACGGGUUUCAUAUUUCACGUCAGGAGGCUCACAUUGUGCAGGAUGCCACCUAUAAUCCUGUUUUUAAAAAUGAUAUUAGUAUUAUUGGUAAAGAGAAAGAUUAUUCUCACUUUUUCUGGUGUAUUUAGAAGGAAACGGCAUUAAAGUCCAAACACAAAAUGGUCAUAUGGUUACUGAGCGGAUCUGAAGAGUGAUUUGUGACUCUCCAUUCAGGUUGGUGUUGUAUCGGUCCUCCUCACAUUCCACUGUUACUCUGAAUUUGCUCCAAUGCAUGCCCUUCAUAUUGGUCUGACCUGUGGUAUGUACCCCGACUGCAUCGACUGGACUUCCCCACACUCUGUCUGCUUUACCAGGAUCACUAUUUGGGUCAAAUAAGACCCCCCAAUAUAUGACAUUUAGGCUGGUAGCAUUUUUUUUUGUUGUUGUUGCUGAGGGGAAUUGAUUUCGUAUGUACAGAUUUGACUCAAAAGAAGAAGAAAAAAUGCGUUAUUCAUUAUUGAUUCAAUGUGGCGGGUGAGGAUGUAAAAUCCAUGAUGCGUGGAAAGAAAUUGCAAUCGCAGCUUUGAGUUUUGACUGUUUCCUUUCUUGUACUCUUUGACAUUUUAUUUUUCCCGAUGGGGGGGUCGACAUGUUUGGAUUUUAUUUUAAUUUUUUGUGUACAGCGUAUAUCUUGUAAGAUAAGACACCUCCGUGUAGCCUCAUGAAAAUUCAGUGUUUGAACCCAAAAAGCACUGACCUGGUGUUGCUCGUCGAGGCUACCGUGGCAGUCGAACUACCUAGAGAACCUUGAAAUGUAUUCACUUCGUAGAUUGCAGUAAAGAAUCACUGGUUGCUUUGUGGCAGAUUGUGGAUCCCAAAGUGGAAGGUUCGAGGCCUGAAUCGCGCUUUGGGUGAGUCACCUCAUCACCUCUGAUCUGAACUCCCUUCUUCUGUGCCUCAUCACAAAAGGAACAUGGCCGCUGACCCACAAAAAAAAAAAAACACAUUUCCAAAAAAAGCCAAAAAAAUAACUAAGAAAAGCACAUUGGUUCAACUUUUGACCUACUUUUACUCUCCUCUUCCUGCAAAUUUGAUCCUGUGCAAUUUGUGGUAUGACUUCUAAAUUUUUCCCACUGUUGCAGAUUACGGGGGAAUUACCCAGGGCUGAGUGGCACGAGGUUUAUUUGAGCUAGCGUUAGACUUUUAUGGCUCAGGUUUGAAAUACAGUUUGUUUGCAUUUUGCGUAGUGGUUUAACGUUUUCACCUGGAAGGUUAUUGCGAGGAUGGAAAUCAUGCUAAUAUUUGUUGAACUGUGUUUUUGACCUGUCAGGAUAGUUAGUUUUUACUGGGUGGUGACUUCAACUAAACAUGCGCUAUGUGGCUGUGUUACAGAUAGAGUUAGGUAGUUUGGUAUACUUACCUGAUUAAGAAUUCAUCCGAUUUUUAGUCUGUUUUGUGGUUAAUAUGUGAGAUACCCCAUAGACAUGCCUGCUUGUCCUCUUCUUUCAGAUUCAGAGUUGUACAGAUGAGUGUGAGUGAUUUCAAACUAGGGUGAUGUUUGGUCUGUAGUGAGCCUGAUAGAUCUAACUGUACAGAUAUCAAAGGUGUGGUUCAGCCCCUCUUUAAACAGAUUUCCUCCAUGAGCAUGACUUAUAGUUCUGUGCUCAUGACAUCACCACAUUUCAAUGCAGACACCGCCCCUCAGUUUGUUUUUAAUUUGCCGAUAUUUGUCAAAGAAAUGUUUUAAGCUCUGGGAUAAUUUCUCUCAUCGGGCCUGAGGAGGUUUUGAAUGUUAGCUCGGGGCAGCUUUCAGCCGUUUUAACAGUCGCAGAGCUAACUUUUGUGAUCGUCAGCAUGUUCGAGGCAGUAUAAAGCUACGUGAAUGUUUUCCAUGUGUUUGUGGUGAGGUUUGUGAUAUACAUCAACGAACAGGACAAGCCUUUCCCAUCUUUAUGAUUGGCUUGUGUUUCCUUUUUUCCCUUAAACUGCAGAUAAAAUUGUUUAUUCACACAGAGAGCCCUUAUUUUUUGUUUUUAUCUCGGUCAUCAAGCACCACUCUUGGAAGUUCAGCUAAAUUAUUACACUGAUGACAACUUGAGCUUAAGUUUCUUUGUUAUAAGCAACUCAGAAAAUCUUGUUUUACUUUAACAUUUGUGCAGUAUUGUACUCGUGUGCUGAAAAUAUAGAAUAUCCAAGUUGAGAAUUGUAAUAAAUGAGCACAUUAUGAUGCAGUGGUGCAACAGGGAACUGGUGACAUUUUUGUCUUUUUCCUAAACAACAAAAGAAGAAACAAAAGCACUCUUGUUUUGGUUUCCAGCAUUAUUUGCUUCUGCUGAGCAAUAAAUACAUAAUAUACUCAGCUGUGGCCUGGAGUUGCUCCGGUAAACUAUCGGGUCUUUUCAGUGGCCUCCAUUGUUCUGUUUUUCUCCCCGCAUUUGCUUAUUCAGUGUCAACACAACUGAUUACUGCCUUCAUAAUUUGAGUUGUAUUUAACUCAAGAACUACAAGAAAAUGUCCUUGAGCCAGUGAAUGAUUCUGCUUCCCAUCGCAACUUGAAUUCUAAAUUAUUUUUGAAAAUGAAUGGAAAAAACUUGUUUCUUGUGCUUUUAUUUAAUUUCCUUUUGGCUUUCUCUCCUCCACCUCUUCUGCUUCAAGACCACAGAGUUACAGAUAAUGUUUUAACUAGCCACAGUGAUUGAUGGGUCCUCAAAAUUUCUCACUGCAAACCUGCAGAGGAAGCCCCGUACAGAGCCAUAACUGCAGACUCCCUCCCACGUCCUGCUGGAUGUAAUAAGGAUGAAGGGCUUGAGCUAAGUGAAUGGACCGGUCUAUCAUUAAUCCAUAGACAAGACGUCCAAGGCCCAUUCUCUGUUUUAUCAGCACAGCUGCAGAGAGGCAGCACCCUGAUCCUGUAAAAUCACCUCCCCCCUCCACGUGUUGACUGUGUCUCCCGGGCAGUUGCAUGCUUCUGGUGUGGAGUCGAGGCUCUGCUUGAUGCAAACCUCCCGUUCUGUCUUGUGCUUGUGUUGUUUUGUGCCCCGAGCUGGUGGCCGACCGCUGCCAUCAGGGGAUUUAGCAGGCACACACAGCAUGGAAAAUGGCAGAUCCUUUUUAAAAAAGAAAAAGAAAAAAAAAAGUAGAAACUACAUAUUUGGUACCUAGUGUGUGAUACUUGAGGGUUUAAAAAAGUCAAAAGGUUUUUUUUUUUUUUUUUUUCAGAAAAAAAAGUCCAUUCUUGGUCUUAUUUUUAUCACCUUUAUUCUCCUCGUUUUUUUUUUUUUUUUUUCUUUGCAUUGUGAAGUGGGCAUGCUUGUCAAAAAGACAAAUGCUCUCUAUUAAUAGGCUUAUAACCUCAUAAAUAGUUGUGUAUAAAAUAAACUGUUAUAACUUCUUUUUUAAUAAAACAUUCAAUGUGUAUA